GAGACAAAAGGGAGGGGGGGGAAGCGCGUCGGGAACAUCCGGGUCAUCCGCCGCCGCCGCCGCCGCCGCCGCCGCCUGAGUCCGGGAGUCGCGGCCGCUCACACGAAGGACCGAAAGCAUGUCUGGCAUCGCGCUCAGCCGGCUGGCCCAGGAGAGGAAAGCCUGGAGGAAGGACCACCCCUUCGGUUUUGUCGCUGUACCAACAAAAAAUCCAGAUGGUACAAUGAAUCUUAUGAAUUGGGAAUGUGCUAUUCCAGGGAAGAAAGGGACACCAUGGGAAGGAGGUUUAUUUAAACUACGGAUGUUGUUCAAGGAUGAUUAUCCCUCUUCACCCCCAAAAUGCAAAUUUGAGCCACCCUUAUUCCACCCGAAUGUAUACCCUUCAGGCACAGUGUGCCUGUCUAUCCUAGAAGAGGAUAAGGAUUGGAGGCCUGCCAUCACAAUUAAACAGAUCUUGUUAGGAAUUCAAGAACUCUUAAAUGAACCAAAUAUUCAAGACCCAGCUCAAGCAGAGGCCUACACAAUUUACUGCCAAAACAGAGUGGAAUAUGAAAAGAGGGUUCGAGCACAAGCCAAGAAAUUUGCACCAUCAUAAGCUCCUGUCAUGCAGCAUCUUAAAGGAAGGGAUUAAUUUGGCAAGAACUUGUUUACAAAACUUUUGCAAAUCUAAUGUCACUAUGUACAAUUAAUAGUCACUUAGGGGAGGGGGUUAUAUGUGUGCCAUUUUUCCAUAUUCGCCACUUGUAUACAGUUCUAAAUUUGCUGAAUUGCCCCCAGUUUUUUCAUACAGGGUCUCUUCCUUCAGUCUUUUGUAUUUUUGAUUGUUAUGUAAAACUUGCUUUUAUUUUAAUAUUGAUGUCAGUAUUUCAACUGCUGUAAAACUAUAAACUUUUAUACUUCUAUAAAUUCACUAGUAUCUCCUAGUUUCUUUGCUCUCUGAUGCAGGCAUGCUUUAAACUGUUUAGAAGUAUAUUUUGCCUCUACCUGGCUGUAUGAAAAAAGCUCUCCACCCUCUUCCUUCCCUUAAUUUGUUUUCUACCAAUAAAGAUUUAGGUGGUUGUUGCUUAAAAGCCUCAGAUCCAAAGUCAGCCAGCGUCUUGAUUCUACGUCACUUCCUUUGUGUUUUGGCGUUUUGUCUGUGUUGCUGUUUAGAGUAAAUAAACUGUUUCUAUAAAGCUUU